AUGAGUUUACCUGUCGAGGGUGUGACAUUUUUUGGGGGCGUUUUGAAAUUCUACAAGCCUGGUCCAGCACUCCUUCUACCAGAUGUGAAUAAUGACAGCUUUGGUGACUUGCUAUUCUCUGGCUUACUGUCAUCCAAAGACCCUCACUCUUGGGACUCUGGCUAUGGAAAUUCAGAGCCUUGGAAUCAGGAGGAGAUGCUAGAAACACAGAGAUCACCUUCACAGACUAACCACUUGGUGUUGGUGUGUGGGCAGUCGGGGAGUAUCCUUGGCAAGCCCUUGGUACUGAUACAGUGUGUGAACAUACUAACAGUCACCUGGGAUGGUGAAGGCAUUGCAUAUUCUUGUGUUGACUUUGGAGGUGCCAGUAUGAAAGGGAAAAUCCAUUUAGUGGUUCUCUUACACCAGAUUAUGGGUAAGGAUGCUCCAUCUCCCUCACCAUCCACAGUCCCAGAGUCUGCAAAGUCUUUACAUCGACACCCAGUACAUGCUCAACACAGAGAUCCAUGCCAUAUUACCGUCCAUAAUCAAGGACUAUGUCCAAGUUGUGAAUCCCAAAUCCGCCUCUUCAAAGACAAUGAGCAAAUGAUGCAUAAGCACUACAAACACAGUGCUGUUGUUUCUUGGGCAACACUCCUUUCAGAUGGAGAGUGCCAUGGUGCAGUGUUAAAGAUUUGGGAGUGGAAGCACCUUGCUACUGUUGUCAAGACAGCGAAGCCCCCCCCACAGAUUGUCCGAAGAACUACACGAAGCAGUCUCGUUAGUGACAGUGACACUAAUGUGGAAACUGAGCCAACCCGGCUUGAGGUAGAUAACAUUGCAGCCACGCAGGAUGACAGUUCAUCAAAUUUUAAUAUUGCUAAUGAAUCUAAUAUGAUUAUUGAUAUUCCAAAGGAGAACAACCUUAAACAGUAUCUACAGGAUGCACAAUUAGGGAAUGAAGAGUCAAAGCCUGUGCCAAAUGGAUAUCCAGAUGUGGACGUGCCAACAACUCCAGUAAGUCCAAGGCUGAGAAGGGGGUCUCACAUCAGCAGGCGAGAACCUCAACCUUAUGAGCAUCCAACAAUACAUCGCCACCAUGGAAAACAAACUUCGGGAACACAGGAGGAUUACAACCAUCAUUCUGACUUUCUGCAUUAUAAUCAGCCAUAUACUAAAAAAGAAUCAGAGACAAGGAGAAGGGAAGUCCACGAUAGCCCAACACAUCGUUUGAAGCUCGUAUCAACCACAUCAGCAACGAAUCCCAGUCCCAUUCCUGUGGGUAUGAGGACUAUGCCUCCAAGUGUGCUGGCACCUCCAGGGUACCAGCUACAGCAGAUACAUGAAAGAUUAGUAUUUUUAAGAUAUAAUGGGAGUGUGUGGAUAGAAAAUACCUUAACAAGCUUAGGUAUCACUCAGCUUUGCAAAGAUGAAAAGACGUGCCUACCUGAUAUGGAAUCCCAUUCAAGAUCAGUGGCAGUUAAUACUGGGAUGGAAAAGAAUGCCUGGCAGCUCGUGUCCAGCAGCACAACCUUCGUCAACGCACCAGCCUUGGGUGAGGAACAACACUCAGCGCCUUGGAUUCUAACCUCUAUUGUUAGAAAAAUGAUUGUACAUGUAUGAAGUUUCUCAGGAUGUAUGUGUUAAUUUGACACAAAAAGCAUCGUAUUUGAAGAAUGUAGAAAGGAGGUUAGAUAAGACUGUAAUUAAUGGAUGUUUGUUUUUAUUCAAGCAAUAAAUUACUUUUUUCAGUUAUGUGAAGAACUUGCACUUCUGUAGGUAGAGAUUUAUUAUCAUAUUUUUAUGUGUACUCCAUCAAACAACAGGACUGACCUGUGGUACAAAGUUGCAGUUCAUUUCUCUUGAGUUGGUUGUGAUAAUUGAAAAUCUUUUAGUGGCUCAUGCAAUGCUCCAGUGUUAGAAUGAUACCUGAAAGGUUGUGAAUAAUAGUUACAGAAAUUUAUAUUGUAAUUAGGAAUUCAAUUGAGAAAAAUGGGAUUGGAUAUUCAGUUAUUUCUUGGAAUCGGGGAAAGUUAGAAAUAUAAAGAGGGCUGUAUUUAAAGCCUACAGAAACUGACACAUAAGAUUUUGAAUACGAACAUUGGGCCAACAGCAGAUGUGGGAGUUGUCAGUUAUAGGUGGUUUAUGAACAGUAAAAUUGCUGCCGGUGAAAGUAUUCAGUAUUGCUGCAAGAUCGUAACUGUGUAAACUUGAAGCUUUGCAUUAGUAUAUUUAUUUAUUUUUCAGCUAAUUUAUUUAUUUAUUCAUGUACUUAAUUUUUGAUUCACCAGACAGUAAAGAUCUUUUGACUAUGUUUUCUCACUCUGAUGACCAGUACUUGAUGAUGCAACAAGCAACAUUUCGGUUGGUAUUUAUUACGUUUUCUUGUAAAUAUGAAAAUGUAUAUACUCCUUAUUUAUCAAUUGAUAUUAUUUUAAGAAGUUAGAUAUGCCUUGUUAGCUUGGAAGUGAAUGGUAUUGCUCCUGGCCUCAAUCAAAAAAGCUCUGUGCGUGUGUGUGUGUGUGUGUGUGUGUGUGUGUGUGUGUGUGUGUGUGUGUGUGUG